CAGUCGUCCGACGCGUCCCGGCGGCCGCGCGAGACUUGCGAACUGGCCCAAGGACGGCUCUUUCGCCUCGCCGGGGCAGUCAGGGAGCAUCUCCUCGCGCGAGACGAGUUGCUCUGCGAGGCUGCCAGGAGGGCCAACGACGCGGCGCGGAGAACUGGGAGGAGGACCGUGUGUCGACCCAUUACCACGCCCGCGCCGCUGCCCGCGCCUCGCAAGGCAAACACUGGGGCUGCCCCUUCAGAGGAACAACACUCAGCUGAAGCAGCAGCGAGGCGUGCGCGUCCCGGCACCACUGCACCCACCGCGGGACUGCCUCGGUAGUCUAACCCCGCGGGACGAUGCCGCGCCCCGGCCCGAUCAACAAUGGGGACCGCUUAGGACUCGAGGCCUCGAGGCGCGCGUCGCGCGACUCGCUGGCCGAGGAGUACGAGCACGCCCGCCGCCACUCCACCGAUUCCACCGAGUCCUACGAGCACGUGCCGUCUCCCACGCACGCGCCCCGUCCCAACAAGGAGCGCCAGCGUUCGUUUGAAGCCAUGUCCGCCUCCGAACUAAGAAAGGCGGCCGCGGCAGAAAGAAGAGAGCGACGCCGCGCCGCGGCGCUCUUCAGGGUCACCAAAGUCGUGAGCGAGAGUGACGGCAACUCGUCCAAGUUAGUCCAGAGGCUGCUCGAAGUGGCCCGCGAGAUUUUGUACUGUUCUCACGUCACCUUGUUCUGGGUCGACCACGUCUCCGAAAUACUAAUUGCGGCGAAUCCCGACGGCAUCGAAUCGAUCGUCGUGCCCCUCGGCAAGGGCGUCGCCGGGAGGUGUGCUUUAGAUAAAGUGUUAUUGAACAUUGGGGACGCGUCCCAAGAUGAUCGCUUCGACAACACGACGGACAAGGAGACGGGAUUCUCUACGAGGACUAUCCUAUGCGCUCCGGUCGUCGAAGAGGGACGGACGGUCGCCGUCAUCGAAGCCCUGAACAAGGAGGAAGGCUCGUUUGACGACGAGGACGUCGAGCUCCUACAGUUGUUAUGUGAUGAGUUAAGGGCGCCUCUACGACGUGCAGCGGCCGACGAGACGUUUCAAGCCAGAGCGAAUUCGGCGGAAAGGGGCGUGGCUUACUUGAAGCUGUUCACCGAUGAACAAGAGGAGCCCUCGACGCCCGUGCAGACGACGCCGCACGUGUUGAGCUUCGAAGAAGAUGGCCAUUUCUCGCGCGACUCGUCGUUGAGCGACGAGCCGCUCGGCGAACUGGCGUCGUGGCGCUGGGACGCGUUGCGCGUCGCCGACGACGGCGGCGAGGAGGCCUUGGUCGAGGCGGCGCAGAUGAUGUUCGAGCACCACGGUGCGACGCGGCGCCCGACGUCAUGAGGUGUAUACCCCCUCCACGCCAUCGACGCCCUAUGAGGGGCACGCCAUCGACGCGACGCGAUCCCCCCUCCACGCCAUCGACGCCUCAUGAGGGGCACGCCAUCGACGCGACGUGAUAAUCUUCCGCGCCAUUGACGCGGCGUCCCGAACGCAGGUUCGCUCGAGCAGCACGACUGCCCCCGUAACGAAUUUCGGGCGUUCCUGGGGAUGGUGCGGAGUUCCUACAAGGCUACGAAUUCCUACCACAAUUUUAGACAUGCGGUGGCUGUUCUGCAUGUCGACUUCAUGCUCGCUUGCCGGGCGAAGCGAGCGAGGGAUUUAACAGCUUUAGACGUGCUAGCUCUCAAAGUAGCGGCUCUCUGCCACGACGUCGACCACCCCGGCCACUCGAACGACUUCGAAGUCAAAUCCUCGUCGGAGCUAGCGUUGAGGUACAACGACGCUUCUGUCUUAGAGAACUACCAUGCUUCGUUCGUCUUCGCAACACUCCUGAGGAAUCCAUCGACGGAUUUCCUGGCGAAUCUGUCACGAAAUGCCUACAGAGAAUUCCGCAAGGCCGUCAUCUCGAUGAUCCUGGCCACGGACAUGGCAAGGCACGGGGCGCACGUCGACUCAUUAAGGGCCUUUGCAGAUCGUACCUCAUUUACAUCAUUAACGAGGCACUCCUUCAGCGACAAGUCCGACUCGGACGACCGAGAUUCGAGAGUCGCCUCACCUAGACGUAGACAGUUUUAUCUCGAUCAGCUCAUCCACCUCGGGGACAUGAGCGCGCAAUGUAGUCCGAGUUUCGACACGGCCAAGGACUGGGCCGAGCGCAUCGCCGACGAGUUCCGAAAGCAAGCUUCUAGAGAACAAGACCUGGGCCUGCCGGUGUCGCCGUUCAUGGCUCGCCUCGAGACGGCGGCCGAUCUCGCGCUCGGACAGGUCGCGUUCAUCGACUACGUCGUCCAGCCUUUGUUUGCGGCGGCGCAGAAGAUCUUUCCGGAAGUUGGGGAAUUGGAAGAGAAUUGUCGGAAAAACAGGGAGGCGUGGCGCGCGCUCGGGGCGCGGGCGUCGGCGGACCGCGCGUCCGGUUGAGGUUUAUUUAUCUGUUGCGCCCGGCGGUCCUUGCGCGCGGGCGUGUGUUAUAUAUUUUAGGUAAA